AUGGCCUCUAGUGAUCAACAACCAGACGCUCUUUACAAACUCCUCAUCAUUGGCGACUCUGGCGUCGGAAAAUCUUGCUUCCUCUUGCAGUUCACAGAAGGCGAUUUUAAAGAAGACCACAACGUCACCAUCGGUGUCGAGUAUGGUGCCAAAACUCUGAAAGUAGCUGAGAAAAACAUAAAACUCCAAAUUUGGGACACAGCUGGACAAGAGUCCUUCAGGGCUAUUACCCGUUCUUUUUAUAGAAAUGCGCACGGAGUAGUCUUAAUGUAUGACUUAACACGUUUAGAAAGCUAUGAAAACCUAUAUGACUGGCUUAAAGAAAUCAAGCAAAAUUCUGAUUCAGAUGUCGUCAUCUACCUUGUAGGAAAUAUGCUAGAUUUAGCUGAGGACGAAAGAGAAGUCCAAACAGACAUCGCACAGGCGUUUGCUGAAGAAAAUAAGCUGGAUGGGUUUACUGAGGCCUCAGCGAAAACUGCUGAGCAUGUUUCUGAGGUAAAUUAUAACUAGGGUUUUUCAAAAAAUAGCAGAAGUUUUGCACAAGAAAACACUGGAGAAAGCAACCAAAGAAGAAAAGCCAGCCCCUGCUCAGGCUCCAAUUAUAGUGCGUCCGACACAGCCAGCAAAGAAAAAGUCAUGCUGCUAA